CAAUGCUCGCGUAGCCCCGCUUGCCUCCCGAGGCAGCGGCGGCGGCGGUUCCAAGAUGGCGCAGGCAAUCUUCGAGGCCCUGGAGGGAAUGGACAACCAGACGGUUCUUGCUGUUCAGUCAUUGCUGGAUGGCCAAGGAGCAGUUCCUGACCCAUCAGGCCAGGGCGUCGCUGCGCCCCCUGCCAUCCAGCCACUGGAUGAUGAGGAUGUCUUCCUCUGCGGGAAGUGUAAGAAGCAGUUCAACUCGCUACCUGCCUUCAUGACUCACAAGCGGGAACAGUGCCAGGGCAAUGCCUCUGCCCUGGCCACGGUCUCCCUGGCCCCUAGCAGCAUCUACACACCUUCAGCAGCACCUGCCUCGGUCCAGCAGGCCCCACCUCCUGCCAACCGCCAGAUUUCCACAUAUAUCACAGUACCCCCAUCCCCACUGAUCCAGACCCUGGUGCAGGGGAACAUCCUGGUGAGCGACGACGUGCUCAUGUCCGCCAUGUCGGCCUUCACGUCCCUGGACCAGCCCAUGUCCCAGGUGCCCCCGCCUGUGCAGAGCACCCUGAACAUGCAUUCUGUACCCAGCUACCUCACCCAGCCCCCGCCGCCUCCGCCACCCCCACCACCCCUGCCUCCGCCCCCACCUCCCCAGCCUCCUCCCCCUCCCCCUCAGAGCCUGGGCCCCACCGGCCGCCCUAACCCUGGUGGGAGUGGUGUGGUGGAAGUGUACAGUGCCAAUGCGCCCCUGGCUGGGAGUGGAACAGUGGAGAUCCAGGCACUGGGAAUGCAGCCAUACCAGCCCCUGGAGGUGCCCAGCCCAUGUGUGGAGGCUCCAGUGUACCCCACACCCCCCGUCUACAGCCCGGGAAAGCAGGGAUUCAAGCCAAAAGGACCAAACCCUGCUGCCCCUCUUGCCAGUGCCACCGCGGGCACAGUGGCCACCUUUGAGCCCCCGCCCACGCUGAAGACCCGACGUGCUAAGGGUGCCGGUGCACUCUCAGAAGCUGCAGGGAAGCCCAAAGCACAGAAACUCAAGUGUUCCUACUGUGACAAGUCCUUCACGAAGAACUUUGACCUGCAGCAGCACAUCCGGAGCCACACGGGUGAGAAGCCCUUCCAGUGCAUCGCGUGCGGCCGUGCCUUCGCGCAGAAGUCCAAUGUCAAGAAGCACAUGCAGACCCACAAGGUGUGGCCUCCGGGGCGCAGUGGUGGCACUGUUUCUCGAAACUCUGUGACCGUCCAAGUCAUGGCCUUGAACCCCAGCAGGCAAGAGGAUGAGGAAAGCACAGGGCUGGGUCAGACCUUGGCCGGUGCCCCACAGCCCCAGGCUUUGCCCAUAGCGGGUGAGGAGGAGGGGGACAAGAUGGAAGCCAAGCAGGUGGUGCUCAUCGACAGCUCCUACCUGUGCCAGUUCUGCCCCAGCAAGUUCGGCACCUACUUGCAGCUCAAGUCCCAUAUGACCCAGCACAAGAAUGAGCAGGUGUACAAGUGUGUGGUCAAGAGCUGUGCGCAAACCUUCCCCAAGCUCGACACGUUUCUGGAGCACAUCAAGAGCCACCAGGAGGAGCUGAGCUACCGCUGUCACCUCUGUGGCAAGGAUUUCCCCUCGCUGUACGACCUGGGCGUGCACCAGUACUCCCACAGCCUGCUGCCCCAACACAGCCCCAAGAAGGACAGUGCUGUCUACAAGUGUGUCAAGUGUGUCAAAAAAUACUCCACACAGGAAGCCCUGGAGCACCACCUGCAGACUGCCACUCACAACUUCCCCUGCCCGCACUGCCAGAAGGUGUUUCCUUGUGAACGAUACCUGCGGCGCCACCUGCCCACCCAUGGCAGCGGGGGCCGGUUCAAGUGUCAGGUGUGCAAGAAGUUCUUCCGACGCGAGUACUACCUCAAGCUGCAUGCCCACAUCCACUCAGGUGAGAAGCCCUAUAAAUGCUCAGUGUGCGAGUCUGCGUUCAACCGCAAGGACAAAUUGAAGAGGCACAUGCUGAUCCACGAGCCCUUCAAGAAAUACAAAUGCCCCUUCUUGACACACACAGGAUGCAGCAAGGAGUUUAACCGGCCAGACAAGCUGAAGGCUCACAUCCUGUCCCAUUCUGGUAUGAAGCUGCACAAGUGUGCACUGUGCAGCAAGUCCUUCAGCCGCCGCGCCCACCUGGCCGAUCACCAGCGUGCCCACACGGGCAACUACAAGUUCCGCUGUGCGGGCUGUGCCAAGGGCUUUUCCCGCCACAAAUACCUCAAGGACCACCGCUGCCGCCUCGGCCCCCAGAAGGACAAGGACAUGCAGACCCGGAGGCCCCCCCGGAGGAGGGCAGCUCCCCGCAGUGGUGGCAGCGGUGGUGGGCAUAAGGCGGUGACCUCCUUGCCUGACCCACUGGAGCUGGAGGAGUUGAAGGAUACGGGGGCUGGGCCUGUGCCUGAGGUUACCCCUGGCAAACCACCCUUCUCAGAGCCGGAUGCUGUGCUGUCCAUUGUGGUGGGCGGCACAGUGGGCAGUGACCCUGAGCUGGUGGUACCUGGGCACGCUGAGGCACUGGGCUCCAACCUGGCUCUGGCUGAGCUGCAGGCCGGGGCCGAGGGCCCGUGUGCCAUGCUUGCGGUGCCAGUUUACAUCCAGGCCUCCGAGUGAGGCGAACUCAGCCUGUUGAGUUUGCUUUGUGGGUGCCCAGAGCUCGUGCUUGAAUCUAGCCCCUGGGGCCACCCAGUGGCAGGACAUUUCUGGGAUGCCAUUCCUGAGCCCUGGCCCAUGGCUGCCCUUCUGUGUUCCUGUUCUGCAGAGAGGUUCUCUGCAUGCUGGGAUUGGGACAGGGUCACCUACAGUUCCUGGACAGCAAUGGCAAGAGAGAGCCUGAACAGCCUGACUGGUAGUUGGACUGCCCAAGAGAGAAGACUCAGUGGUCUCACUCACCUCUCUUCCAGGCAGCCUUGGUGGCCUUCAGGCAAGCUGCUCUUGGGAGGCUGGAUGUGACCGGAGUCCUUAUCUGCUGGACUUUCUCUGUUUGGAUUCCCCACAGCCUCCACAGAUGACUCUGCAAGGCUGAUGUUCAGGAGGCAUUCAAGUGGCAUGGUUAGAGUAUAGCUAGGAGCCAGAGCUGGCUUCAAGUCUGCAUUGCCACGCACUUAUGUGACCCAGGGCAAAUCACCACACCUCUGAGCCCUGUGUUCCUUGAGUGUCCAGUGGGGCUUACAGUUGCACUACCUCCAAAGGUUGUCUUGGGGAACUGGUGUGAUGAAACACGUGCAAAUGACUUGGCAAGUGCUCAAUAAAUGUUUUUACCACUCUG